AUGUAAAAGGGAGUUUUUGAAAGGUGUGGUUUAGAUUUGCAUGUGUUUCCACAUAAAACCAUUCUAAUAGAACAAGCAAUUCUCUAAAUGUUGGAGGAAUCGUUGAAGUUGUAUAAUGAUAUCAAAUCUAAUCCACCCACCUAAUACUAUCUCUAGAGAUCAACUAGACAAGACUAAUCGAUUAUUUCAUUAGAGAUAUUUUAAAUCGUUAUGGUCUAUAAUAAAUUUUUGGCAGAAGAUUCUUUGUAAUUUCAGAUAGCAAGACAGAACCUCAUUAAGAGUCAAGCAGCUUAUAGUAUUAUCAGUUACAUAUAGCAAAAAAAGGAUAGACAUAAUGGCAAUAUUUUGAUCAGCGAUAAGGGACACUUGAUACACAUUGAUUUUGGAUUCAUCUUUGAUAUUAGUCCAAGGGGAAUCUUAAAUUUGAAUCUGUCAAAUUCAAAUUGA